GGGGGUCGAGGAGAAAGGGGCUGUUUUUGUGCACGAUGAUUGGUGUGUGAGAACGAGGCGGCGCGUGUCACGUCACUGCCCCUGCGGGCGAAGCGAGCCCGGUGCGCGCGGGCGGCGGGAGCGGUGUCUGGGGAGGGGGUUCCCGCUCCCUGAGCCGGGCUGCGAUUGGGCGCUGACCAUUUGUGUCCAAAUUCCCUCCCGCCCCCCCGCAUCCGUUCACUGACAGUCCCCUCAGACAAGGAUUAAGUGGCUGUUUCUUCCACCCCUUCGCUGCUCCGGCCCUGGGAAGAGCGCUGGCGCGCACCUGGUUUCUCUCCAGAGAUCUCCUGCAGAGAAAGAGACCGUCAGCAUGGCCACAACAUCGGGCAGUCUGGAAGAUGGUGUGUCAGAAUGACGUACUGCACGUUGCUAUGGAGAUGCCAAAUCCUAGCUGUGUGGCUUGCUCACCCAAGUCUUAAUUGAGAUGACCGGUGUUGAGACUGUCGUGACCUAAUCAGCAUCCACUUCUUUGUGGAUGUACCUUCCUCAUCAGCAUUCACUUUAAAAACAGGGGAACGGAUCGGUCAGAAAUGCUAACUGCACAGCUAGUGAGCUCCAUUUAGGCAUCUCAGGAUUAGAAUGGCAGGAGCACUGCAAGUUACAAUUCAGGUGUAUUGCUCUUUUCAUGAGCAGUGUAAACUCAUGGCUGAAAGGGGAAAAAAAUAACUGAUCCACUAGAUUUCAGAGUAACAGCCGUGUUAGUCUGUAUUCGCAAAAAGAAAAGGAGUACUUGUGGCACCUUAGAGACUAACCAAUUUAUUUGAGCAUAAGCUUUCGUGAGCUACAGCUCACUUCAUCGGAUGCAUACCAUGGAAACUGCAGAAGACAUUAUAUAUACAGAGACCAUGAAACAAUACCUCCUCCCACCCCACUCUCCUGCUGGUAAUAGCUUAUCUAAAAUGAUCACUCUCCUUACAAUGUGCAUGAUAAUCAAGGUGGGCCAUUUCCAGCACAAAUCUAGGUUUUCUCAGCCCCCCCCCCUUUUUUUUUCCAAAAACCACACACACAAACUCACUCUCCUGCUGGUAAUAGUUCAUCCAAAGUGACCACUCUCCCUACAAUGUGCAUGAUAAUCAAGGUGGGCCAUUUCCAGCACAAAUCCAAGUUUAACCAGAACGUCGGGGGGGUGUAGGAAAAAACAAGGGGAAACAGGCUACCUUGCAUAAUGACUUAGCCACUCCCAGUCUCUAUUUAAGCCUAAAUUAAUAGUAUCCAAUUUGCAAAUGAAUUCCAAUUCAGCAGUUUCUCGCUGGAGUCUGGAUUUGAAGUUUUUUUGUUUUAAGAUAGCAACCUUCAUGUCUGUAAUUGCGUGACCAGAGAGAUUGAAGUGUUCUCCGACUGGUUUAUGAAUGUUAUAAUUCUUCACAACCGAUUUGUGUCCAUUUAUUCUUUUACGUAGAGACUGUCCAGUUUGACCAAUGUACAUGGCAGAGGGGCAUUGCUGGUACAUGAUGGCAUAUAUCACAUUGGUGGAUGUGCAGGUGAACGAGCCUCUGAUAGUGUGGCUGAUGUUAUUAGGCCCUGUGAUGGUGUCCCCUGAAUAGAUAUGUGGGCACAGUUGGCAACGGGCUUUGUUGCAAGGAUAGGUUCCUGGGUUAGUGGUUCUGUUGUGUGGUAUGUGGUUGUUGGUGAGUAUUUGCUUCAGGUUGGGGGGCUGUCCGUAGGCAAAGACUGGCCUGUCUCCCAAGAUUUGUGAGAGUGUUGGGUCAUCCUUCAGGAUAGGUUGUAGAUCCUUAAUAAUGCGUUGGAGGGGUUUUAGUUGGGGGCUGAAGGUGGCGGCUAGUGGCGUUCUGUUAUUUUCUUUGUUAGGCCUGUCCUGUAGUAGGUGACUUCUGGAAACUCUUCUGGCUCUAUCAAUCUGUUUCUUCACUUCCGCAGGUGGGUAUUGUAGUUGUAAGAAUGCUUGAUAGAGAUCUUGUAGGUGUUUGUCUCUGUCUGAGGGGUUGGAGCAAAUGCGGUUGUAUCGCAGAGCUUGGCUGUAGACGAUGGAUCGAGUGGUGUGGUCAGGGUGAAAGCUGGAGGCAUGUAGGUAGGAAUAGCGGUCAGUAGGUUUCCGGUAUAGGGUGGUGUUUAUGUGACCAUUGUUUAUUAGCACUGUAGUGUCCAGGAAGUGGAUCUCUUGUGUGGACUGGACCAGGCUGAGGUUGAUGAUGGGAUGGAAGUUGUUGAAAUCGUGGUGGAAUUCCUCAAGGGCUUCUUUUCCAUGGGUCCAGAUGAUGAAGAUGUCAUCAAUAUAGCGCAAGUAGAGUAGGGGCUUUAGGGGACGAGAGCUGAGGAAGCGCUGUUCUAAAUCAGCCAUAAAAAUGUUGGCAUAUUGUGGGGCCAUGCGGGUACCCAUAGCAGUGCUGCUGAUCUGAAGGUAUACAUUGUCCCCAAAUGUAAAAUAGUUAUGGGUAAGGACAAAGUCACAAAGUUCAGGCACCAGGUUAGCCGUGACAUUAUCGGGGAUAGUGUUCUUGACGGCUUGUAGUCCAUCUUUGUGUGGAAUGUUGGUGUAGAGGGCUUCUACAUCCAUAGUGGCCAGGAUGGUGUUAUCAGGAAGAUCACCAAUGGAUUAUAGUUUCCUCAGGAAGUCAGUGGUGUCUCGAAGGUAGCUGGGAGUGCUGGUAGCGUAGGGCCUGAGGAGGGAGUCUACAUAGCCAGACAAUCCUGCUGUCAGGGUGCCAAUGCCUGAGAUGAUGGGGCGCCCAGGAUUUCCAGGUUUAUGGAUCUUAGGUAGUAGAAAGAAUAUCCCAGGUCAGGGUUCCAGGGGUGUGUCUGUGCGGAUUUGAUCUUGUGCUUUUUCAGGAAGUUUCUUGAGCAAAUGCUGUAGUUGCUUUUGGUAACUCUCAGUGGGAUCAUAGGGUAAUGGCUUGUAGAAAGUGGUGUUGGAGAGCUGCCGAGCAGCCUCUUGUUCAUAUUCCGACCUAUUCAUGAUGACAACAGCACCUCCUUUGUCAGCCUUUUUGAUUAUGAUGUCAGAGUUGUUUCUGAGGCUGUGGAUGGCAUUGCAUUCCGCAUGGCUGAGGUUAUGGGGCAAGUGAUGCUGCUUUUCCACUAUUUCAGCCCGUGCACGUCGGCGGAAGCAUUCUAUGUAGAAGUCCAGUCUGCUGUUUUGACCUUCAGGAGGAGUCCACCUAGAAUCCUUCUUUUUGUAAUGUUGGUAGGGAGGCCUCUGUGGAUUAGUAUGUUAUUCAGAGGUAUUUUGGAAAUAUUCCUUGAGUUGGAGACAUCGAAAAUAGGAUUCUAGGUCACCACAGAACUGUAUCAUGUUCGUGGGGGUGGAGGGGCAGGAGAGACCCCGAGAUAGGACAGCUUCUUCUGCUGGGCUGAGAGUAUAGUUGGAUAGGUUAACAAUAUUGCUGGGUGGGUUGAGGGAACCAUUGCUGUGGCCCCUUGUAGCAUGUAGUAGUUUAGAAAGUUUAAUGUCCUUUUUCUUUUGUAGAGAAGCAAAGUGUGCGUUGUAAAUGGCUUGUCUAGUUUUAGUAAAUUCCAGCCACGAGGAAGUUUGUGUGGAAGGUUGUUUUUUUAUGAGAGUAUCCAGUUCUGAGAGCUCAUUCUUAAUCUUUCCCUGUUUGCUGUAGAGGAUGUUGAUCAGGUGAUUCCGCAGUUUCUUUGAGAGCAUGUGGCACAAGCUGUCAGCAUAGUCUGUGUGGUAUGUAGAUUGUAAUGGAUUUUUUACCUUCAGUCCUUUUGGUACGAUGUCCAUCUGUUUGCAUUUGGAAAGGAGGGCACCAAACACUGAUUUAUAGCGUUUGAGGGGGACAACAUACCUGGAGAACAGGGAUGCUUAUUGAAGCCUGUCUGUGGUAACCAAUCAAAGAGUUGUGUGACACAGCCCUGUCUCCAGGGCUGCGCCUUUCGAUACACAGCACUCUGAGACAAAAAUUAUAUUCAGGUAACUAAAGCUGACUCUGUAUCUCACAUGUUUAUUACUGAGUGGCCUUAAUAUUUCCACCAUGCAGGAACUGAACUAUUGAUUACAUGUUUUUCUAUAUAAACUGCACCUGAGGGGUUAACAACAAAACCUGUAAAAUACAAACAUUACAUGUCUCACCCUGUCUCUGUUUCAGAAUGUGCAUUUGUGUUUAUUUCCUAGCUGACUGAAAAUGCAUAGGUAACAGGGUGUUUUGACAGCACGGUGCCAAUUCUUCCAAUUUCUCUGCAUGAAACUCCUAUUGAUUUCUAUCUGAAUUUCAUAUUUGGAGCAGUUUAAGAUCAGACUCAUUCUUUAUCAACUCUCAAAUUUAUUCCCUGUCCAAACUUAUUUUCUUGAUCCUGUUCUGUGAUUCUGUAGCUCGCUUGUGUGUUUAUUCUUGAAAUCAAGAUUGUUAUGCAGUUUUGGUAGCACUUACAAUACAAUGUGUAUACAGUCAAAUCUUUCUCUGGUUCAUUAAUGCUAUGGAUUUUAUCUGUCCUCUCACUUGAUGUCCCAAUGUAUUUUGUCUUUCUGUGUCUGUUUUCUAAACUUUAAACUUUCUGGGGCUGGGUCCAUCUUGAUAUUUGCACAGCACUGAACAGGUUAACUUUGUUUUUGUUAUGCACAGACAACAAGUCUUGUAACCUGAAUAUGACCACUGUGCUUGUUCCAAAUCUUGUUUUACUUUUCCAAAAUGAUAGAUAGCCCUGCCUGCUCUGGCCAAGGCCAGAGGACAUGUCCUCAAUUAUUUAGAUACUUUGCCUUAAAUAUUUACAAAAUAGAUAUCCUUUUGAAAUAUUUUAAUAUAGCUAUAUCUACAAACUACAAAUGCUGCCCUUGAAGUCAUACACACAUGCAUACCAGAAGGAGCUGUAGGCUGAUGCUGUGGAUAAUGUAGGACCUGGGAAUUCAGUUUCCAUUGAAAUUAUUAAAACAUGUUUUCUCUAACUUGUAAGUUUUUUUGGGGGGGGGGGGGGCAUGGCUAGUGUAUCUCGAAAAGGGAUAUAUAGGUUUGGAUAGUACAAUGACGGUGAAUCUUCCAUAAAGAAGUUUUAGGGCCUCUCCUGAUGCAGUUGUAAAGCUCUGUGUAGUCCUUUAAAAAAGCUUGAUUUCCACAUAUUGCACUGCUCAAAAGUAGCUUGUCUGUGACUUGAUUUGAAGGCGCAAGACCAAAUUGUCUUACCCUUCUGUGGAGGAGAAUACCCUUGGAUAUUCCUUUUGAUUUUAAUUAGACUAUUUAAGGUGAAGGGUAUUGCUCAUUGUGAGCAAUUGUGCCUAAACAUUGCCAUUAUCAACGGUUUGCUUAAAAAUGGCACCUUUGGAGCUUAUGGGGGAUACCUAAAUGGUUGAAUGCACAAAUGCGUAUGUCAGUUAUACGAACACUUCAGUUUGUCAGUUUCAGAAAUCCACAGUCUGUUCUCCAUUCUACGAACUUUAACAAUCUGAAGAACUACACAUCACCUUAAAUAAGGCCCUUUAACAAAGUCCUCCACUUCUAUUUGACAGCUUUGGAACCACAUCUUUCAUAUUGAUUAGUAGAAGAUAUUUCUACUAUAUAGUAACUCACAGCUGAGACAAAUGGAUAAUUCAGUGAAGAAAACUGGAAGAGCUGGGUAUUUUUAAUUAAAAUUGUAAACAGUAUAAGGUGCUAGCUCUUAAAAAACAAAAAAAUCCUCAGAUAUAUUUUAGGGUAGAUAACAUUUGAAUAUAGUUGAGGGUACAAAGUUUUAAUUUGGAAUUUUAACGUUGUCUGGGUAAAAAGCAGGUGUUCAUGACACCAUAUGAUUAAAAGGGCUCUUUUUCUCUCUGUGCCAGUAUAGUGAGGAGGUUGAUUUACAAAAGCAACAUUAAAAUUCCAAGUGUUGCGCUGUUGGAUUAAAAAUGUUUAUCAUGAAACAUUUUAAAGAGACGCUUCAACUUGUUGGUUUUUUUAACUUGAUUUGAUUUCAUGUUAAAAAACCUUGAGGGACUUCAUCUGUAUGAAUCCUUCUGAUAACUCUUUUAGUUUUACAAUCACUUUUUCCUAUUCUUAAACAUGUUUUUCUCUCCUCCAUUGCUGUUUGAAAGACCCACACAAAUGAAGAAACAGAGUUGUUGCUGUCAACUACAUAAGAAAUAUUUUGGUGACACUGUGAACACAUGAAUGGCAGGAGAAGACUGUUAGCUGCCUCUGUAAUUUCUGUCCAAAACUCUAGCUUUGUGUACCCUUCUUGUCAAAACUGCUUUUCUAAGCUGAUACUAGAUUCUAAUAGGUUUAACUGUCUAAAAUGUGGCUGCACGGGUGAAGCUAAGGAUGCAAACUACAGGUAUAAGCUGUCCCUAAAAGUUGCUGGCACUAGUGAUUUAUUUGCCAUUACCGUGUUUGGAAGCUCUUUAGAUCCAUUCUUUGGGGUCACAGCAGGAAGUCUGCAGAGGUAUAUUCAAGAUUUUAACCAAGUAUCAGGAGAGCUGGACAGAGAUGCAUCUCCAAGUGUGUUAAUUCAAGCAGUUAAAACAUGUUUCAUUGGGAGAAGAUUUAUAUUUGGAGUGAAGAGCUCUGAAAACCAUGAUGGAGGGCACUCUGUUUCUGACAACAUUUUGCAAAACUGCUACAGAAUUAAUAGACUUACAAGAGAUCUUACAGCCUGCCAGAUUUUCCUGCCAAACACGGCUGUUGCCGGCUUUACUGUUAUCAGCUACUUCCGUCAGCUCCUGCAAUCAGCUAAUUUCAGGAGUAGUCACAGUAGCUCACAGCGACCUGGUUGUCCUUUCAUUGCAAUAGAUCAGCCUAGCAGUGAGCUCAGCAGCUUGUGUAGCUCUGGCAGCAACUCAUGUUUUGUUCAGUCAAGUGGCCGAGAGAGUUUUUCAGGACCCUGGCAGCAGUCCUUUGGCCUGACUUCUUCAUCUGUUGAUUGGGUAACAACAGAAGACUUUUCGUCUUUAGAACUGGGCAAGGCUGCUGGUGAACAGUGUAAACUACAGGAGAGGCGUUUCUCUGCAGAACUAUGCAACCUAAGCCCCAGCAACCAAGCCAUUCAAGAUUUACAGCUCUGUACCCCUAUGAAUGAGAGAAAUGAACAGGAAGAUAAUGAAUUCAGUUCACUAUCUAGUCAGUCAAACACGAUCACUGCAACUGAAAAACUAGAGAGCUUCUCUUCUUUAAAGAGAGAAUGGUCACCUGAUAGGAACAGGUCCAGGUUGUUACAAAGCCCAUUGGAUUUAAAAUACUCUUGCCCAGAGAUUAUCAGCAGACAUGAUUACUUUCAAGAAAACUCUUUUAACUCCUUGCUUUACCAGAGAAAAGAUUAUUCAUUUUGCAACUCAGCAGUGUCUCCUAAUCAUGGAAUUGCAGCUGGAACUUCUCAGGAUGACCCUAUGAUUUGGGACGAGUUGCCGUUCUCUGAAAGUCUAAAUGAAUUCAUAGCCAGAAUUGAAAACAACAAGAGCACCAUAUCCCCAGUAGGUCUCAAUGCUCAUAAAUGUUCCCUGCGUGAAAGAAGUGAGUUGGAUGAAAAUCAUAGCAAAACAUCAUGUAGGCAAGGCAUUGUACAUACUGCCUGCAAAUCAACCACCACAACAGGGAGGUUCCCACAACUAGCAGAGAAUGUGAAUACUUGCAAAGAGCAUAUUACCUCCUGCCAUCAAUCAAACCUCACUCCUGUAAAUGGCCAAGUAUCACAGAGUGAGCCUUUGACCAGCGUUUUAUCUACAAGUACUAAGAGAGGCAGAGAGUCUGACUUUAUACCUAACCCACCUCUGCUAGUGCUGUCACAGUCCUCAGCAGUUAGAGCAACUUUUGCUCUUUCAGCGGGCAGUUUUCUACCAUCUGAGGAAGCAAAUGUUAAUAUUUCAAACAAUGCCCAUUCUUUCACCAACUUUCAGUGUACUAUGAAAGAUGCAGAAAGCCCGUAUUUACAAAGGAGAGAGAAACCUGCCCACUUACAUUCUCUAUAUGAUGGCUGUGUAGCUGAUUGGGAAAAUAAAGAAAAUUGUAGUUAUCCACCAGACCCAAGAACAGAUUUUACAAGUUCUCAAGAACUGGGUUGUGAUUCAGCAGCUCCCUACAAAGCUAAAAAUAUGUGUAAGAGCGAAUUAGAACCAUUAACUGAAUUGCAAGAAAAUACUGUUAGAGCUAUAAACCAGAGUGACUUGCUACAGAACAACUCCAAUCACCCCAAAAGCAGCUACAAUGCUUCUGCUGACCUCUUCGAUGCUAGUGCUAGAGAGAUAGAAACCAUGGUAGAAUUUUCAGAUAAGUCUCACAACUCUUCAGCACAGGAAGAUGUUUUGACUGAAAAGUACACAGCAUCUGAAUUAGUGUGUAGUCCAUUAGAUGUUGACUGCAGCUAUUCGAAGUGCAGAUCCUCACUUAGUUUACCACCUCCUUUUGGUAUACACAGUACACCCAUAACUUACUCACUUUAUGAUUCAGAACUUGAUCUGGUAGAUACCCAGAACUUUGUUCCUUAUUCACAGUCAACUCCUGUUGCAAGACCUCUUCAAAAAUUCAGAUCCCAGAGGGGGAGAGAAUCAGUUCUCCCUAAAUUGACAUCUAAAAGUCCUACUAAAAUCCACUGCAAAUGUAAACUGUCUAGGCCUUCUUUUAAAAAUACUUUAUUAAGACAAUUUACCAGCAAAUUCCUGAAACACAAAAGUUCAAGUAACACAGCCAUCAAUAAGUCUGUUUCACAGCAGUCAUUUAUCAACAGCGAGGUGCCAGAGAAUGACUCUAAAGAAUGGAUCCCUCCAUCAGCAACAAAAUUGUUACAGCCAGUUGCAUUUUCUAAUUUAAAAACAGUUGGAUUGCAAGCUAGGAGCCCAGCUAUCUGCAAACCCAUUGACAAAAAAACUAUUUCUGAAGACAAAGCCAACAGUGGAAAGUCAAGAACUGAUACAUGUUUAAGAAGCAGAAAAUUAAAUCCUAUGAAUAGAGCUGGAAUUCCAGCAACUCCUAAACCUGCAAAUGCUGCUAAGGCCUCACUUCUAGAAGAUGCGGUCUCUGAAACUUGUGCCUGCUCAGAAACCCAGAAGAGCCAUUCAUGUGCAACUUAUUUAGUGGGUGGACUGGAUGAGGCAGUUAGCUGGUCUCCUGAACUGUUUACAGAAAAAUACUAUUUCUAAGUAUGUGGCUUUUGGGGAAAAAAGCCUCAUCUUGAAACAUGACUCCACCUCAUUCUGUUUAAUUUUUGGAAGGGUGCCAGCCUUACCAGAGAAGGAAAAGGGCUGUUCUAAAAAAAAUUUAAUUAUUCAUAUGUCUCUUGGCAUCUGUCUUGUUUAAGAUGAAUUAUGCCUACCUGCAAAGCCUUUUGUCCUGCACUGAGGUUGGGGAACACAGAACCCUGCUGUCACUUUAUUUUCUUGUGGAUGAAAUGACUAAGCUAAAAAACUGUGAAAUAAAAGUUUAACAUUAA